AUGCCCAAUUUGGAGCAACUUAAACAGCAGCGCGCUAAUCUGCGUCGAAACAUAUCGCGCAUUCGCAAUUCUGUCGACACAAAACUUGCAAUUUCAUCCGCUGAAUUGAAUUGUCGUUUGGCUAUAUUAGAGGCCUACUUUAAGCAAGUUAUGACAGUUCAGACCGAAAUUGAGCAGCUGGAUCCAGACGAAGCAGAGCGUGAGACCAGAGGAGAAAUAGAAGAUACGUACGUCGCUAUCAAGGUGUGCAUUAAUGAGCAGCUAGGUUCAGAUGCCCACAAUUUGACUGUUGCUGACUCAGUUCAUUGCGCUUCUCACUCAACUUCUAUGAAGCUGCCACGUCUGUCACUACCAGUUUUUGAUGGAAAAUACUCCGACUAUAAAAACUUUAUAACAUCGUUUAAGUUAGUCGUUGAUAAGCAGUCUACUUUGUCAUCCAUCGAAAAGUUCAAUCAACUAAUCAAUUGCUUACGUGGCCCGGCCUUAGAAACUGUCAAGGCUUUUCAAAUCACUUCGGAAAAUUAUUCAAAGGCGCUGGAACGCCUCAAGGCCCGCUACGAUAAUCCAACGCUCAUAUUCUUGGACAACAUAAAUUCGCUUUUUACUUUACCUAGUGUUUCAAGGUCAAAUGCGAAACAGCUUCGUAGCCUGAUCGACAACUCAUCAACCUUGUACAAUUCAUUGUUGUCACUGGGUAAUGCAUCGCAAAUUGCUGAGGCUAUGCUCAUCUCCAUCGUUAUGGAAAGGGUGGAUCAAGACACCAAAAAGAAAUGGAAUGAGCAUUUGAACUUCAGCGAUCUUCCUACAUGGACAUCCUGCGUUUCGGUUGUCGAACGACAUUGCCAAUUCUUGGAGUCAAUAAGUAAGCCCGGUACCGAUAGUAGCGCGAGUCAGCAAGCUAUUGGUAAGCCACGAAACCAAAAACACCAGCGCCAAGGGUUGACUUUCAACUGCACAUCUCAAACGUGUCAUUCAUGCGCUAGCACGGAGCACAGAACUUACAGGUGUCCUCAAAUCGUUGGUGCUACACUCAAUCAGCGUUACGACAUCACUAAGCGACUGGGACUUUGUCUCAAUUGCUUGGGCAAGGGUCAUCAGGCUGCGAAAUGCCCAUCCACACACAGGUGUCGAUCGUGUUCUCGCUCCCAUCAUACACUAUUGCAUCGUGAUUCAGCUGGUAUGUCUUCGUCUUCACCGCAGUCAACUCCGCAACUCCCUGAAGUACCACAGAAGAACUCAGAAGCAUCUGUUCACACUCACACCGGCUUGAAUCGAAUAAUUUUAGCCACAGCUUUGGCUCUCCGAUUACCUCGCAAACGAAGCCAUAUGGAAAUUCGCAGCAUUGGAGAAUCCCAGACUCAGAUAAAACAUCGAACGUCUACAACAAUCAAGUCACGUUUUGGAGAAUUCGAACUACCGCUAGAUUUCUGUGUUACUUCGAAUAUUGCAUAUCAUCCAGACACAGAAAUUGAUAUCUCAUCAUGGAAGCUGCCUCAAAAUACUCCGUUGGCCGACGAAGGGUUCAACAAAGCUCGUCCUAUUGAUUUGCUGUUAGGGACAGAAGCAUUUUUCGACAUCUUAUCCAUUGGCCAAAUCAGGCUUGGUGUAAAUAUGCCAGUGUUGCAGAAGACGCUCCUUGGAUGGGUAGUUUCGGGCCGUUGCCAAACCGGCUCCACCACAUCAUACAGUUACUCGAUUUCCAUGGACGAAGUCAUCAACAACAACAUAGAACGCCUGUGGCGCAUUGAAGAGGUUAACACUUCUGUUGACAUUUACACUCCAGAGCAGCGCAGUUGUGAAGAGGCUUUCAAAAACACCGUUCGCCGACAACCUGAUGGCCGAGUGGUAGUUCGCCUCCCAUUCAAAGAUGAUCCUGGUCUGUUAGGUCACUCGUAUGAAAUUGCCCGUAAACGUUUUGAAGCUCUUGAGCGCCGCUUGAGCCGCACAUCAGAUGUGAAAAGGCAAUACGCAGAUUUUAUGUUAGAGUACGAACAGUUGGGCCAUAUGAGCUUGGUGACAACACCGAAGUUGGAUGUCCCACAUUUUUACAUACCGCACCACUGCGUACUCAAGCCGAACAGUACCACUACGAAAUUAAGAGUGGUUUUCGAUGCCUCUUGUCAGACAACGACACAAAGGUCUCUGAACGAUUUACUAAUGGUCGGACCGACCAUACAGCCCGACUUGUACACGUUACUUCUACGCUUCCGUACAUAUCGUUAUGCAAUUACCGCCGAUGUCGUCAAGAUGUUCAGACAGAUUCUUGUCGACCCCCAUGAUCGCAAGUUUCAAUAUAUACUUUGGAGAAGUACACCCGAUCAACCAUUACGCACAUUUGAACUGAAUACAGUCACUUAUGGGACUGCUACCGCGCCAUAUCUCGCUAUACGUAGCAUGCAAUACUUAGCUGAGCAAUGCAUGGACGAGUUCAAGGUAGGAGCCGAGGCUAUAAAAUCAUCCUUCUACGUUGAUGAUUUCAUUUGUGGAGCUAACACGUUGGAAUGCCUUUAUCAAAUCAAAACGGAGGUAAUUGAGAUACUUCGUCGUGGUAGAUUUGAGCUAGCGAAAUGGCACUCGAACUAUAGCGAGUUUGUUAAUGACUGUACCAUUAAAGAUCUUAACUUAGAAGACGAUUCAGUAACCAGCACUCUGGGCUUAAGAGCCCCCCAUUUCGGCGGCUUGUGGGAGGCUGCAGUUAAGAGCGUCAAGGGACUAAUCAACCGCACUCUUAUGAACGCUCGUUUAACAUUCGAGGAGCUUACAACUGUCACAGCUGAGGUGGCGGCGAUUCUGAAUUCUCGCCCUUUGUCACCACUCUCUUCAGACCCGAAUGACCUAGCCGCACUCACCCCGGGCCACUUCCUCAUUGGCGACUCAUUACGUGCAUUGCCCGAGACACCCGUCACAGAGCUGG